GGCGGCCGCUCCCAUGGGUGUCGCUGGGCCGCGCCAUGCCUAAGGGGGCGCCGCGAUGGGCCAAGGGGACGAGAGCGAGCGCAUCGUGAUCAACGUGGGUGGCACGCGCCACCAGACGUACCGCUCGACCCUGCGCACGCUGCCCGGCACGCGGCUCGCUUGGCUGGCGGAGCCCGACGCCCACAGCCACUUCGACUAUGACCCGCGUGCAGACGAGUUCUUUUUCGACCGCCACCCCGGCGUCUUCGCGCACAUCCUGAACUACUACCGCACGGGCAAGCUGCACUGCCCGGCCGACGUGUGCGGGCCGCUCUACGAGGAGGAGCUGGCCUUCUGGGGCAUCGACGAGACCGACGUGGAGCCCUGCUGCUGGAUGACGUACCGCCAGCACCGCGACGCCGAGGAGGCGCUGGACAGCUUCGGCGGCGCGCCCCUGGACAACAGCGCCGACGACGCGGACGCCGAGGGCCCCGGCGACUCGGGCGACGGCGAGGACGAGCUGGAGAUGACCAAGCGCCUGGCGCUCAGUGACUCCCCCGAUGGCCGGCCUGGCGGCUUUUGGCGCCGCUGGCAGCCGCGCAUCUGGGCGCUCUUCGAGGACCCUUACUCGUCCCGCUACGCGCGGUAUGUGGCCUUCGCUUCCCUCUUCUUCAUCCUGGUCUCCAUCACCACCUUCUGCCUGGAGACCCACGAGCGCUUCAACCCCAUCGUGAACAAGACGGAGAUCGAGAACGUUCGCAAUGGCACGCAAGUGCGCUACUACCGGGAGGCGGAGACGGAGGCCUUCCUCACCUACAUCGAGGGCGUCUGUGUGGUCUGGUUCACCUUCGAGUUCCUCAUGCGUGUUGUCUUCUGCCCCAACAAGGUAGAGUUCAUCAAGAACUCGCUCAACAUCAUUGACUUUGUGGCUAUCCUGCCCUUCUACCUGGAGGUUGGGCUGAGCGGCCUGUCCUCCAAGGCUGCCAAGGACGUGCUGGGCUUCCUGCGCGUCGUCCGCUUCGUGCGCAUUCUGCGUAUCUUUAAGCUGACCCGCCACUUUGUGGGCCUGCGGGUCCUGGGCCACACGCUCCGCGCCAGCACCAACGAGUUCCUGCUGCUCAUCAUCUUCCUGGCCCUGGGCGUGCUGAUCUUCGCCACCAUGAUCUACUACGCCGAGAGGAUAGGGGCACAGCCCAAUGACCCCAGCGCCAGUGAGCACACGCACUUUAAGAACAUCCCCAUCGGCUUCUGGUGGGCCGUGGUCACCAUGACGACCCUGGGCUACGGAGACAUGUACCCGCAGACGUGGUCCGGCAUGCUGGUGGGGGCCCUCUGCGCACUGGCGGGUGUGCUCACCAUCGCCAUGCCCGUGCCCGUCAUCGUGAACAAUUUCGGGAUGUAUUACUCCUUAGCCAUGGCUAAGCAGAAACUACCAAAGAAAAAAAAGAAGCAUAUUCCGCGGCCACCGCAGCUGGGAUCUCCCAAUUAUUGUAAAUCUGUCGUAAACUCUCCACACCACAGUACUCAGAGUGACACAUGUCCGCUGGCCCAGGAAGAAAUUUUAGAAAUUAACAGAGCAGAUUCCAAACUGAAUGGGGAGGUGGCGAAGGCCGCGCUGGCGAACGAAGACUGCCCCCACAUAGACCAGGCCCUCACUCCCGAUGAGGGCCUGCCCUUUACGCGCUCGGGCACCCGCGAGAGAUACGGACCCUGCUUCCUCUUAUCAACCGGGGAGUACGCGUGCCCACCUGGUGGAGGAAUGAGAAAGGAUCUUUGCAAAGAAAGCCCUGUCAUUGCUAAGUAUAUGCCGACAGAGGCUGUGAGAGUGACUUGACCAGGCGGCUUGGCCGAGGACACUGGUGGCUAUUAAGCAUCUGGGUGGAUCUGCAGCCCCUCCUCACCCUCGGACAGAGUAAAUUCACGCCAUGCAGGUUUGCCGGACGAGUCCGAGUGGCCCAGGCAUUGUACUAGGACGGACGUAGCUUUUUCUACGGCCAAAUGGUAACUGACCGUAGAGGAUUUCUUUUCCUUCUUUUCAUUUUUUAAAAUUUUAUUUUAUUUGGGGAGGGGGGGUGGAGGGGCCCCUUAGCAUGACUUGCAUGAAGUUAAACAGAAAACCCAGCAAACCAAACCCACCAACCCCCUGCAACUGUAUGAUUACCCUGAACAACAAUAACGAAAAGGAAAACAUCAAAAGCCCUCUAUUUUCUUUCAAAGCUCUUGACUUUGACACACGUUGUUGGAGCCAAACUGUAACAGCGUUCGGUAGAAACCUGUACAUUUCUGGGGGUGAGGGGCGAGGGGAGGAGGGACGGAGAUGGGGAAUGGAUUGCUUCCUUUUUGUACACAAGAUCGAGAGGAAAGCUUCCAAAAAGGGCAGUUGGUCAGUCAUCGGUCAUAUUGACCUCACCUUCAUAGUUCAUCUCUCACGUGGAAACUGAGAACUUUGCUCCAAAUAGAAUUGUGGAAACUCGCACUGCUGCCUUCUUCCCCGUUUGGCAUGCUUGUGACCCAGCGGACAUCUCCCCAAGACCCCUGACAGCAGCUAGUCUAGGUUGAUUCUGUCAUCUUAUCGGUGUAGAUCCAGUGUGACCAACUUUCAUAACAAAUUGUUCAUAGUAAAUAAUCACCACAUAUGGAUUUUCCAAGUGUUCCAUUAAAACCAGGAUGUAGAGCACCAAAAGAUCAGGACCACGGGAGGAGCACCCUCCUCCACCUUUACUAAGGCACAACCUGGCAUUGUAUGCAAUUUAGUACUUCAGAGUAAAAACCUGCAUGCCCAAUGUUAUGCAAAGCGAUUCUAGCAUGAAAUAAAUUUUGUAUCAUGGUUUCUGUAUAGUCUAAAGCAGAUUUGUUUUCCUGAAGCAGUCGGAGGUUUGCAGAGACACACUUCUGCAUCUCGAAUAAAUAUAGUAUUUUCCCAACAGAAACAGAGGACAGUAGCUUGGCUUUGGUCUGAUUCUAAAAUUAGUGGGGUGGGGGGGAAGGAUGAUAUUUUUGAAAAACACAUGCUUGAGUUGAAAAAAAUGCAACAUCUCGAGCUUUCACUGCAGCUCACAACAUUUCCUGGAAAGAGAGCAAUGAUGCUUUAGCUCAACGACCUCCCCUCCCUGGGCCCUGGCCCCCAAUAAUAAAAAACUGACUUUUGAGAUG